AUGAAUGAGACCAAUCAAAACACUGUGAAAGAAUUCAUCCUCCUUGGGCUUUCUGGACACCCAAAGCUGGAGACUAUUUUGUUUGUCCUGACUCUGUGGAUGUACCUGGUAAUAUUGCUUGGAAAUGGCAUCCUCAUCACAGCAACUAUCUAUGAUUCCCACCUACAUACACCUAUGUACUUUUUUCUCAGUAAUCUCUCUUUCCUGGAUAUUUGUUACACAACAUCCUCUGUACCUCUAAUUCUAGACAGUUUUCUCACACCAAGAAAAAGUAUUUCUUUCUCCAGCUGUGCAAUACAGAUGUCUCUGUCUUUUGCCAUGGGAGCAACUGAGUGUAUACUCCUUAGCAUGAUGGCAUUUGACCGCUAUGUGGCCAUCUGCAACCCCUUGAGGUACCCUGUUAUUAUGAGUAAGACUGCAUAUGUGUCAAUGGCAGUUUGCUCUUGGACAGCAGGGGCUGCUGAUUCCAUAGUACAAACAUCCCUUGCAGUCCAGUUACCAUUCUGUGGUGCUAAUGUCAUUGACCAUUUCACUUGUGAAAUUCUGGCUCUUCUGAAAUUGGCCUGUGGAGAUAUUACCAUUAAUGUGCUUAGUAUGAUGGGAUCAAACGUCAUUUUUCUAGUUUUUCCCCUGAUAUCAAUUUCCAUCUCUUAUGUUUUCAUCCUUGCCACCAUUCUGAGGAUCCCUUCACCAGAGGGAAAACGUAAAGCCUUUUCUACUUGCUCAGCCCAUCUGACUGUGGUGAUCAUCUUCUAUGGAACAAUCUUCUUUAUGUAUGCAAAACCCAAAGCAAAAGAUUCCGUUAAGUCAGACAAAGAAGAUAUUACAGACAAACUCAUUUCCCUGUUCUAUGGUGUGGUAACACCCAUGCUCAAUCCCAUCAUUUAUAGCCUGAGAAACAAGGAUGUAAAGUCAGCUGUAAAGAAUAUGUUGAGUCAGAAUGCUUCCCUGAGAAAAUCUAAAAGAUAA